AUGGUCCGAUGCAGACAUGACGACACCGACACCGCUGGUGCCGUCCGCUGGCAGCUGGAGGCGGAGCGACAGCAGUGGCAGCGUCUGGAGCAGGAGCUGCGCGGCGCCGUCCAGGCGCAGCAGCAGGUCACCGAUGAGGCCAGGCUCGACGCCGAGCGCGCCGCCGCGCGGCAGCAGCAGGAACUAGCGCAGGAGCAGCGGCGACGCGUGAAUGCAGAGGCGCAGCUGGAGACCGUGAAGUCGGCGGCAGAGCGGGCCGAACAGGAGAGACGAGGAGAGGCGGAGACGCUGCAGGCUGAGCGGGCGUCUCUCCGCAAACAGCUGGCCUCGGCGGAGAGCGCGCUCAGCACCGCCCACCGGGACAGGGUCCAGCUGCAGGAGCAGGAGCAGGUGAGCGACUCCCACUGGGACAGGGGCCAGCUGCAGGAGCAGGUGAGCGACUCCCACCGGGACAGGGUCCAGCUGCAGGAGCAGGUGAGCGACUCCCACCGGGACAGGGUCCAGCUGCAGGAGCAGGUGAGCGACUCCCACCGACACAGGGUCCAGCUGCAGGAGCAGGCGGCCGAGCGCGGUCGCGUCGACGACGUCAAGACGCUGACGCAGCAGCUGGAGACGCGGGAGCAGCAGCUGCUGAAGGCCGUGGCGCAGGUCCGCGCCCAGAGCGACACCCGCGCCGAGCAGCUGGAGACGAUGCUGGAGUCGCAGGCGGCGCUAGUGGAGCGACUGGAGGCGGAGGACUACCGGGUCUACUCCCACCUCGACCUGGAACAGUGGAACUAUACCUUCCGAGAGCCCGUGCUGAUUGACUUCCAAAAUAAACCUGGCGACUUCCAAGGGGUCACCCAACACCGGUGUUCGAUGCGGUACUUCCCCGAGGCCACGUUCGCCAACGCGGACGGCUUCUGA